AUGCAUAUAGUCUUAUGGUUGCACGGUAAAUUCACCGGACUGGGACCACAAAAAAAAUCUACUACCACUGCUAGUAAUAAUGCUAAUACUUCUGAUUCCGAUUCAUCAUUUGUGGUUUCUUAUCUGAUUAAUUCAUGUGGAUUAUCUGAAUCUGAAGCUAUUACUGCUUCUAAGAAAUUCAAUUUCAAAACCACAACCAAACCAGCUUCAGUACUAACCCUACUUAAAACAUAUGGAUUUACUCAACCCGACAUUUCUAAACUGAUCAAUAAGUAUCCAUCCAUCCUCUCAUCUGAUCCUCAUAAAACCCUAAAACCAAAAUUAGAUUUUUUCAAAUCCAAAGGGCUUUCUGGACCUGAUCUUGCUAACUUCUUCUCAAUUGACCCAACGAUCCUCAAGUACAGUUUUGAUAAAGUAAUAAUCCCUUCUUUCGAUAUACUUGAGAGCAUUGUUCAUUCUGACCAAACCGUCAUUAAAAUGAUUAAGCGGAAUCAUUGGAUUCUCAGUGCAAACAGAGUUAAAAGAGUGAUGGUCAACCUGGAGCUUUUAAGAAAUCAAGGUGUCCCUGAAACUAAAAUAUCUGAUUAUCUGAUCAGGCAUCCUAGAGUUUUUACUGCAGAUGCCGAUAAAUUUAGAAAGAUUGUAGAAAAGACUAAAGAAAUGGGUUUUAAUCCCUUCAAUACUAUUUUUCUUGUGGCUAUACAUGGACUGACAUCAAUGACGGAAGCCAAUUGGAGAGAAAAAAAGGAUGUUUACAAGAGAUGGGGUUGGUCUGAGGAUCAACUUCAAUUAGCAUUUAGGAAGAAUCCUCGUUGUAUGACGGCCUCUGAAAAGAAGAUUAUGGAAGUUAUGAAUUUCCUUGUGAACGAAAUGGGUUAUGAUUCAUCAAGGGUCAUACCAUAA